AUGCAGCCCGAAAACCAAAAUACAAAGUUAUCAAAAUCUAAAUUCUUAAAAAUGAGACCAAAGAAUGUAAAAUUACAGAACCAGAGAAAACUAAUCCAGUGUCUAUGUGAAUAUUGUGAAAAUGUGAAUUUGAAAAUCACAGCAUUUAACAAUUUUGCAGUACGUAAGAAUCAACAACAGCUUAGAAUUAAUUGGCAACAAAAUCAGUUUAGACAAUUAAACAAUAGACCCCCAGAAAAAACUGUUGUCCUCACAAUGGAUUUUGCAGAAAACUUUUCUUGCUUUUCUCAAAAUGAAAUCCAAGGCGCCCAUUGGGCCAAAGACUCAGUUACAAUACAUCCAGUUAUAGCAAGAUAUCAGUGCAAAAACCAAGAAUGUAAUAAUUCAAUGGUAGAUGACAUCAUUGACAUCAUCAGUAAUGAUUUACAACAUGAUGUACAUGCAGUUCAAAAAUUUACAGAAGUGAUUAUAAAUUUUUUGAGGGAAGAAAGAGGAAUAGAUGUAGAAAAAAUGAAUGAUGAAGAGCAAGACAUUGAAAACAGGAAUGAUGAAGAGCAAGACAUUGAAAACAGGAAUGAUGAAGAGCAAGACAUUGAAAACAGGAAUGAUGAAGAGCAAGACAUUGAAAACAGGAAUGAUGAAGAGCAAGACAUUGAAAACGAACAAGAUAAAAGAGAUGAUGAUGAUGAUGAAAUAGUAACUGAAGAUGGACCUGAUCUCAAUAUGCUAAACAGGAAUGAUGAAGAGCAAGACAUUGAAAACGAACAAGAUAAUAGAGAUGAUGACGAUGAAAUAGUAACAAAAGAUGGACCUGACGAUUUCCUUGGAAGUGACUUGUUUACUGAACUACCAGAGCUAAAGG